GCGUCCCCGCGCCCCGCGUCCCCGCGCAGCCGCCUCCAGCCUCAGGCGUCGCGCAUCCAGCGGGAAGAACAAGACGCUCUGACCAUGGCCUCUCCAUCCUCUUUCCACUUGGAGGAGGAGGACAGUCUGAAGGGGUGUGAGCUGUAUGUUCAGAAACACAGCAUCCAGCAGGUGCUCAAAGAUUGCAUCGUGCACCUCUGCAUCUCCAAGCCUGACCGCCCCAUGAAGUUCCUCCGGGAGCACUUUGAGAAGCUAGAGAAGGAAGAAAACAGGCAGAUUCUGGCCCGGCAGAAGUCAAACUCGCAGCCAGAGUCCCACGAUGAGGAGGUGUCUCCGACCCCCCCAAACCCCGUGGUGAAGGCCCGCCGCCGGCGAGGGGGUGUGAGCGCGGAGGUCUACACAGAGGAGGAUGCAGUGUCCUAUGUCAGGAAGGUCAUUCCCAAGGACUACAAGACCAUGACUGCGCUGGCCAAAGCCAUCUCUAAGAACGUGCUCUUUGCUCACCUGGACGACAAUGAGAGAAGUGACAUCUUUGAUGCCAUGUUCCCUGUCACUCACAUCGCCGGGGAGACAGUCAUACAGCAAGGGAAUGAAGGAGAUAAUUUCUACGUAAUUGACCAAGGGGAAGUAGAUGUGUAUGUGAAUGGAGAGUGGGUGACCAACAUCAGCGAGGGGGGCAGCUUUGGGGAGCUGGCACUCAUCUACGGCACCCCCAGGGCUGCCACAGUGAAGGCCAAGACAGACCUCAAGCUCUGGGGCAUCGACCGCGACAGCUACCGGCGCAUCCUCAUGGGCAGCACACUGAGAAAACGCAAGAUGUAUGAAGAGUUCCUCAGCAAGGUCUCCAUCCUAGAGUCCCUGGAGAAGUGGGAGCGCCUGACUGUGGCCGAUGCCUUGGAGCCUGUGCAGUUUGAAGAUGGGGAGAAAAUCGUGGUCCAAGGGGAACCCGGGGACGGCUUCUACAUCAUCACAGAGGGCACAGCCUCUGUCCUUCAGCGCCGGUCCCCCAGUGAGGAGUACGUGGAGGUGGGGCGCCUUGGGCCCUCUGACUACUUCGGGGAGAUCGCGCUGCUGCUGAACCGGCCUCGUGCGGCCACCGUGGUGGCCCGGGGGCCCCUCAAGUGUGUCAAGCUGGACCGGCCCCGCUUUGAGCGCGUGCUGGGCCCUUGCUCCGAGAUUCUCAAGAGAAACAUCCAGCGUUACAACAGCUUCAUCUCCCUCACCGUCUGAGCCGCGCCAGGCCGCAGCGCUCCCCGUGUGCCUGCAAUCCCUGCUCCCUGUGUCUGGGGCCUGGGAGUCAUGGGGAGGUAGCAGGAUGAGGCUGGCAUCCCUGCAGGGGACCUCGCCUUCCUCUGGACUCGGUUUUUUUGGAAUAAAUGACCAUCUUGUGCAUAUCAGAUACAAAGGGCAAGCAAACAUCCCAAGACCCAGGAGUGACAGGCCAGCUUCCCUCCCCCACACUUCCUCGUGUCCACCCCUUGUCUUAGGGGACCCACCUGACCCUCUUCACAUCAUCUGGGCUGUGCUUGUCUGAUCCCCAGACCCAGGGGCAGACAGGCUGUGGAGACCAAGUCAGCCCUGAGUCCUGCCCCCAGAACCACAGGGUGCCACCCUGGGGCCCUGCAGACCCCGUGAGGCCAGGCUUGUCAGGCCUAGGCCCAAGUGUGAGACAGAUCAUAUAGAUGGGGUGUUCCCUGAGGACACUUAUGAUGGGGCAGAAGUUGAGGCCCAUUCCCACAGGGGCCCAGAGGAAGCCAGGGACCCCUUCUCCUAUCUUGGGGGCCAGUCCAUGGGCCUCAGACAGAGCCGUAGGUAACUCUGUGCUGAGAGCAUUGGGAGGAGCCAGCUUGAGCCUGGUGGCUUGUCCUUGCCUCUUGGAAAGUCCAUCUCCAGGUGGGCCAACCAUAGCCACCAGCCCUUGGGCAGCCGGUAGUCCGUGGCCCCUCACCAGCUGGUGCCCAGAAUGGGCACACUACACAGCUGAGUCUGGGAAUGUCCCAGAUCUGGUGAGCACUGUGCUGGGUCCUUUGCUCUUUGGAGUUAGGGGAGCCAAACAAUGUGGGGCCACUUCUCUGGGAGAUGUGGAGGGAGGGUGAGCUUUCAGAGGCAUCUGGGUAGAGUUAGAGGAAUCAGAGGCCCUCUGAGCUAUUCCCCACAGAUUUGCCUGUAUCCAGCCUGAGUCCCAGCCCCGUGUCCCCUGUCCAUUCCCCUGAUGAGAGGGGAUGUGUUCAGUCAACCCAGCGCGGGUCCCACACCCCUAAACCAUCCACCAGCUUGUCUCUUAAACGUAUCCCUGGUGCCGUGAUGAUACGGAGCUGAGGGAGCUCUCAGUCCGUUGAAAUGAUGUGACCCACUCCAUGUUGCCCUGCAGUGUCCUGGGGAGGUGCCCUCCCCGCUGGCCACCAGCGCCCCCUGCGCCCUGGCCAUGCCCGUCCUGCCUGUGCUGUGGGCUCUGUGGACUUGUGUGCCCUCCUGCUCACCUUGCUGAGUGCUGCAUGAACUAUUAAACGUGCAAUGAGGUACCUCUUCCUGA